AAUAUAAAUCGAUCGUCGAGUGACGCGCUCGUCCUCACUUCCUGACACACUGCCGCAAUGGCUGAUAAACAAAAUAUUCUGAAAAGCGUUAAAAUAGCCGCCGGGGCGGUCGUGUGCGUUGAGAGUGAAAUCAGAGGAGAUGUGACUAUUGGCCCCAGGACUGUGGUCCACCCCAAGGCUCGCAUCAUCGCAGAGGCAGGACCGAUAGUGAUUGGAGAAGGCAAUCUGAUAGAGGAGCAAGCUCUUAUCAUCAACAGUUACCCCGAAAACAUCACACCAGAUUCUGAGGGAGUGGAACCAAAGACCAUGACCAUUGGCAUCAAUAAUGUAUUUGAAGUUGGAUGCGUAUCACAAGCUCUGAAAAUCGGGGACAACAAUGUCAUAGAAUCAAAAGCUGAUGUCGGCAGGAAUGUGAUCCUUACCAGUGGCUGUAUAAUCGGUGCCUUCUGCCAGGUCAACACCUGUGAGGUCAUACCUGAGAACACAGUCAUAUAUGGCUCUGGGUGUAUGAGACGAGUACAAACGGAGAGACCACAGCCCCAGACACUCCAGCUUGACUUUCUGAUGAAGAUCUUGCCAAACUACCAUCACUUAAAGAAAACAGUCAAACCCAGCCAGAAUACAAGCUAAAAACCUAAUUUCAGGACUGACGGACUCGUAAUGAAGGCAAGAACCUGGCAACUAAAGAAAAUUUUCUGGAGGAAAGUAUAAAUGUACAUAAUUAUGUAAAAUGUGGGCAUCUUUCACGUUUGCUUAUAUGACUAAAAAUUCUUUUGAAAUUGCUCUCAAUCUGGUCCUUGGGUACCAUCAGUACUGCUGGUUUUCGAGUUGUCUAGGUAGUUAAUUACGUUCACAAACCUCCCUGGUUGGAGGCUGGAAUAUUUGAACAACAGGUGAAUGUAAUUAACUACCUGGUAGAAAUAUAAAACUAGCAGUACUGGUUAGGGGUGGGACGAUUCAACAAUUUCACGGUUGGAUACGUCUCACGAUUCAGGGCUCACGAUUUCGAUUCAAUACGAUACAGUGCCGUUCUCUAUUUUUCAUUUAUUUUGAGAAUUAGGCCCAACAUUUUGGCAUUAUCAAGGCAUGCAUUGAAACGCAAUGCAAGUGCAAAAGUUCUAACAGAAUUUUGUGCCAUCUUUUCUUGUUGUGUAACACAAUUGCUUUACUUUAAAACUAUUAGAAUGACAAAGGCGGUCAUUUUGACCAUUUUGGAUUUUCAAAGUUUAAUAACUUUGAGGGGGGGAAUACAGACCUGCCGCUCCCUGAAUGCCCUUAAAAUUGCAUUAAAAUUAGUUUUAGAUCAAUUGCACACAAAUAAGUUCAGGUAUUAUUGCCAACAUGCCUAGGUACAGCCACCAUUUCAGACGCACCAUGACUACCACUGAGGCAUUGCAGUAUUUACAGGCAUUGGACAGCGGCCAUUUUAAAUUGUUUGAAAAAUAGUAUUGUAAUGAUCACUGAUGUGUAGACUCGCUAGCCUGUUGGCUAACAGGUUGGACCCUUUAGUUGACUGCUUAACAUAGUCGCCUGUGGUGCGGGAGACCCAGGUUUGUGUCCCAGUUGCAGCAGUUCCUGGCUGCCCCCUGAAUUCGCUGCAGUAUUAGGUUGUUAAAAUGUUAAUUUUGGUGUCAAUCGUUUCCUAACAGACACACUAACAUAUGCAAUGCAUUAAUAUCUCAAUUGGGUAUUUAUCUUGACAGAAUAUAGAGUUUAAAAACCGGCGGUCAUUUUAGGUACAAGGGAAAUCCCAGUCGUUCUAGUGUUAAUAACACACGAUCUCGCAAAAUGGGGAGCAUCUCAAGCCAUGAAGACCGUAUCGAAUGAUUCGGAAUUUGAUCCAGUAUCACCCCACCCCUAGUACUGGUGGUAUCUGAGGACUGGUUCGAGAACCACUGGAUUGAAGACAAAUCUUGUGUGCAUGUUAUUGUGAUGGGUUGUUAUCCAUGACUAAAUGCCCUCAAGUUAUGAUGCGGUAUUAUAAGGAGUCUGACUCAUAAGCCAGUACUUAACCUUCAUGAUUAGUCAUGAAUGUUAUUAAAAAAAAAUAGAGUUUUGAAUCCAUACAAAUUGAUUUCUCCAGUGCAGAUGUGGAAGUAAGAAAACUGAUUCCGUAAUUGGCUUGCAGAAGUAUUUCCAUGCUCCAUACAUUUUGAACACAAUAAACAGUUUGUACCUUUUCACG